ACCUUUUGGUUAUCUCAAGGAGAAAGUAGUUUUCGCAUUUCGUUAUCCCUUUCAUGACCUUCUGUACGAUAAAAUAAUUGAUGUAUCACAGACAUUUACAUCUUAAGUGACGAACUGUACAAUUUUUUUCUCAUAAUUAGGGGGAACAGACAUGAGUACAAUUUUUCCUGCAAUGUGACCGCUGGUGACUGAGAACGUUACACACAUGUGGUGUUUACUAAUACAAAGCAUAUCAUUGAAAUAAAUUGAACGUUUCACCUCUCAUACCCAUGUGCCAAUGAUACAUCUAUAUUUUAUGUAAUUUAUGUACAUAGCUUAGUUAAUAACUAGUAAAAACGUAAGUUGUGACAACAAGUUCCGCUUUUCGUCAUUAGAGGGGGAAAUGGCUAAGUUUCGCCGGGCGAGGUAAAGACGGUGGUCGCAAGCUGCAUGUAAACAAUUGCAAGCUGUGUCCAUUUAAAUUUUUGGGACAUUUUGGAGAUGAGCGAAAAUGGAUGCACUCAUUUGAUAAGUUUUAAAGCUUCUAAGGGAACCAAGGCUUACAAAAUAGUGUAUUCUUGCCUCGUAGCGUGCUCGUCAGCUGAGGCCCGGAGAAGAAAGGCAAUAGCAAGUCAGUGUACGGUGUGCAAGUACGGUGGGCCUCGGUUACAUUCAUGCUUGCAUUGUAUUUAUUUUGGGUGUAUUGUACGUGGUCACAUGCAGGAACAUGCGAAAGUGAAAAAACAUUUCUUAGCUGUGGAACUAACUUAUGGAAUGGUGAUGUGUUUCCAUUGUGGCGACUAUAUUUAUGAUAAGGAAUUAUCUAGUAUAGCACUAGAGAAAGAUGCACAAGUUUUCAAGAGAAUUGGGCUGUCUGUACCGUACAGACCAUGGGAACCGAGUGCAUAUGAUAUCCGUCUGCUGCGAAAUAACCCGCACAGAAGGCAUAUACUAGAGGACACAACCAUUGGUCUCAGAGGCCUAAUUAAUUUAGGCAAUACAUGUUUUAUGAACUGCAUUGUACAAGCAUUAACUCACACACCUUUACUGCGAGAUUAUUUCUUAGCAGGAAAACAUGUUUGCCAGUUUCGUGAACAACCUGGUCGGUGUUUGGUGUGUGAAGUUUCUAGGCUCUUCCAGGAGUUUUAUUCUGGUAAGAAGACACCUUUGACGUUACAUCGUUUGCUGCAUCUUAUCUGGACCCAUGCACGCCACCUAGCUGGUUACGAACAGCAAGAUGCGCACGAAUUUUUCAUAGCUGCGCUCGAUGUCCUUCAUCGUCACUGUAAGGGCACCAGCCCUCUUCCCACAAGCAAUCCACAUCAUUGCAAUUGCAUCAUAGAUCAGAUAUUUACAGGUGGUUUGCAGUCAGAUGUUGUCUGCCAAGCUUGCAAUGGUGUUUCAACUACAAUUGAUCCUUUCUGGGACAUCUCUCUGGAUUUGGGACCAGCUGCAGUGGCACAGAGUGGAACAACAGAAGGUGGAACAAUAUCACAGCAUCAACAACAGCACCACCAACAGUUGUUGCAGCAGCAACAUUCACAGCAAAGUCAGCAGCAGCAGUUGCAACAGCAGCUGCAGCAGCAGCCACAAGAACAGCAGCAGCAGUCUGCACAGUCUGAACCAACCUCUUUACUUGACUGUCUUGAAAGGUUUACAAGAGCUGAACACCUGGGGUCAUCCGCGAAGAUAAAGUGCAGUAACUGCCAGAGUUAUCAGGAGUCUACUAAGCAGCUCACUAUGAAGACUUUACCUGUUGUGGCGAGCUUCCACUUAAAGCGAUUUGAGCAUUCCAGCCGUUUUCAUAAAAAAAUAUCUACAUUCAUUGCUUUUCCGGAACAUUUAGACAUGACACCAUUUAUGUCACACCGUCGUAAUCAUAAUCACAGCUGCAGUACAGGAACCAACAACAGUAACUGUCGGAAUGUUUUGGGUGAUAACAGGUAUUCUCUUUUUGCUGUGAUAAAUCAUCUGGGUUCACUAGAUGCUGGCCAUUAUACAGCAUUUAUUCGUCAACAACGGAACCAUUGGUUUAAAUGUGACGAUCACCUUAUAACAAAAGCAAAUAUCCAGGAAGUGCUGGAUAGUGAAGGUUAUCUUCUGUUUUAUCACAAACAGUUCCUUGAAUACGAAUGAAGGUGAGGGAUACAUUAGCCCGACACUGAUUACAGUAUUAUUACCAGAUGUGCAUUCUUCAGUUGAUAUUAAUGUUGUGCAAGACAUUUCAUGAGAAAGAUCAUGAUAUACACAGUGUAACUAGAAGACUGUGUGCACAGUUGACCACUUCGGUAAACUUUGGUUCGAAGAUAAUUGUGAUACUCAUACUUCAUUUUUUAUUUCGUGGGACAGAAGUUUGAAGUUUUGUUGUUUUAUAUUGAACCUGUACUUACAGUUGCCUUCAUAUAGAAGGUGUCAUGUGAUUUUGCAUUAAAAAAUAUACCCAGAUAUGAGAAACUUUGAAACACUAACGUACCUGGUGCAGAACUGCCAUUUCUCUGUAUUUGUAUUUGUGUGUGUGUGUGUGUGUGUGUGUGUGUGUGUGUGUGUGUGUGUGUGUGUUUUAGAAAGAGAGAGAGAGAGAGAGAGAGAGAGA